UUCACUCACAAUCGUGCAAGUAGUAGUGGGCUGUUAGCCCUUUAACCUUAAACCCUUGCCAAAUCGCCAUUGACGAUCUUUGCUCAAUCUCCAUGUAUGGUUAAUCACCAGAUCUGAUUUCCGAUUUUUCCCCUCAUUCAUCUUUCUCUCUCCUCCCCACCCCGAACUAGAUUUUCGGCAAUGGGGUAUCUUCAUUUCUUAAUCACAUUAUUAGUACUAGCUCAUAGUACUUCAGCAUUUGCCGAUUCAAUCCAUGGAUGUGGCGGAUUUAUAGAGGCGAGUUCGAGUUUGAUCAAAUCGAGGACUUCGAUCAAUGCGAAAUUGGAUUACUCUCAUAUCACGGUUGAGCUUCAAACUCUAGAUGGGUUGGUCAAGGACAUGACUCAGUGUGCACCUAAUGGCUACUAUUUUAUUCCUGUUUACGACAAGGGAUCCUUCAUAAUUAAGGUCAAGGGGCCAAAAGGAUGGGCAUGGGAGCCAGAAAAGGUUCCUGUUAUUGUUGAUCAUAUGGGAUGCAAUGCGAAUGAAGAUAUCAACUUUCGGUUCACAGGGUUUUCCCUGUCUGGAAGAGUUCUAGGGGCUGUUGGUGGCCAGAGUUGCCCGUUAAAAAGUGGAGGUCCAUCAAAUGUUGCUGUAGAGCUUCUAUCUCCAAGCGAUGAUCUCGUUUCUUCUGUAUUAACAUCAAGAGCUGGAGAUUAUUCUUUCAAGAAUGUAAUUCCAGGCAGUUACAAAUUACGAGCUUCCCAUCCUGAUUUGAAUGUGGAAGUUAGAGGUUCUACUGAGGUCGAGUUGGGUUUUGAGAAUGGUGUCAUUGGUGAUAUUUUCUCGGUUCCUGGAUAUGAAAUUCGUGGGCAUGUUGUAGCUCAGGGAAAUCCAAUCUUGGGAGUCCACAUAUAUUUAUAUUCAGAAGAUGUUCCGGAAGUUGAAUGUCCCCAUGGUGCUGGUCAUGGUCCUGGGCAAAGAAAAUCCCUCUGUCAUGCUAUAUCUGAUGCAGACGGAAAGUUCACAUUUAAGUCUAUACCAUGCGGGGUUUAUGAGCUUGUUCCUUAUUACAAGGGAGAAAAUACAGUUUUUGACAUUUCACCAUCCACUGUGGCUAUAGCUGUUGAGCAUUCCCAUGUUACAAUACAGCAGAAGUUUCAGGUGACUGGAUUUUCAAUUGGCGGCAGAGUAGUAGAUGGAAAUGGUGCGGGAGUGGAUGGUGCUAAAGUUUCAGUGGAUGGUCAAGAAAGAUCCGUCACUGAUGAAAACGGAUAUUACAAGCUUGAUCAGGUUACUUCUAAGCGUUAUGCAAUUGAAGCCCGCAAGAAGCAUUACAAGUUUGAAACCUUAAGGGAUUUCUUGGUUUUACCCAAUAUGGCUGCUAUUCCUGACCUCAAAGCAGCGUCUUAUGAUGUUUGUGGUUUUGUGCGGAUGGCUGAUGCUGGCUACAAGGCUAAGGUAGCAUUAACCCAUGGGCCCGAGAAUGUUAAACCUCAAGUUAGACAGACAGGUCAAGAUGGAAGUUUCUGUUUUCAGGUUCCACCUGGUGACUACCGUCUGUCUGCCAUGGCAUCCGCACCUGAGAAUGCUCCAGAACUCGUGUUUUUGCCUCCUUAUUCUGAUGUCAGUGUUAGAAGUCCACUUCUGAAUAUUGAAUUUUCUCAGGCACAAGUAAAUAUUCAAGGACAGAUUGUGUGCAAGGAGAAAUGUAGCUCAUCUAUUUCCAUCAUUCUUGUGAGACUGGGUAAAAGUAACAAGGAGAGGACUAUCAGGUUGACUGAUGAGAAUAACCAAUUCACAUUUUCAAAUGUUUUCCCUGGAAAGUACAGGAUUGAGGCCAAGUAUGCUCCUGCUGACACUACCUUAGAAGAAGAUAGAUGGUGUUGGGAGCAGAGUUCUAUUGAUAUUGAUGUUGGCACAGAGGAUAUUGAAGGGAUAUUGUUUUCUCAAAAAGGUUAUUGGGUCGAUAUUACUUCUUCACAUGAUACAGAUGCUCGAAUGAUUCAGCCAGAUGGAGAGCCUCUGCUUUUGAAAAUUAAGAAAGGCUCGCAGCGCUUAUGUGUGGAGUCUCCAGGGUUAAAUAAACUGGAGUUUGUCAACUCUUGCAUUUUCUUUGGGAGCUCUUCAAUCAACAUUGAUACGGCAAAUUUGAUGCCUGUGUACUUGAAAGGAGAGAAGUAUCUCGUGAAAGGACAAAUCAAUGUCGAUCGCACCUCAGUCACAUCUUUUGAUCUUCCAGAGAGCAUUGUUAUUGAUGUCCUUGACAAUGGAAAUAAUCACGCUGAUGGGACGAUUGCCAAACUUCUGCCUGAUCAAAAUGAUGAAACUAAUGUUGCUGUGUAUGAGUAUUCUAUGUGGGUUAAUCCUGGGCAGACAAUUGCUAUUAUUCCAAGUGACUCAAGAACCUUGACUUCAAGCACAGCUACGAGCACAAAUGGAUUAAAGAAAAUUUUGUUCUACCCUAGACAACAUCAGAUCUCAGUUACAAAUGAUGGUUGCCAAGGCUCGGUUCCUUUGUUUAAUGGUCGCUUGGGUCUUUAUAUUGAAGGAUCUGUUUCUCCUUCUAUUUCUGGUGUUAAUAUCAGGAUUAUAGCUGCUGGAGACAGCCAAAAUGCUCCCCUUAAGAAAGAUGAAUUGGCUCUUGAAACUUCAACUGGACCUGAUGGUGUCUUUGUUGGGGGCCCUUUAUAUGAUGAUAUAAGUUACACCCUUGAAGGUUCAAAGCCUGGCUAUCAUUUAAAAGCUGUUGGACCUCAUUCCUUCUCCUGUCAGAAGCUUGGUCAAAUAUCUGUGCAUAUAUACUCUAAAGAAGUCACUGAAGAGCCAUUUCCUUCAGCUUUAUUGUCACUAAGUGGGGAUGAUGGCUACAGAAACAACUCCAUAACUGGAGUUGGUGGACAUUUCGCUUUUGAGAACUUAUUCCCUGGCAGUUUCUAUCUCCGUCCUUUGCUAAAGGAAUACGCAUUUUCUCCUCGUGCACAGCCAAUUGAACUUGGAUCUGGGGAGUCCAAAGAAGUUGCUUUUGAAGCCACUCGUGUUGCUUACAGCGCUAUGGGUGUGAUCACUUUGUUGUCUGGCCAACCAAAGGAAGGUAUUCCAAUUGAAGCGCGAGCAGAAUCAAAAGGCUAUUAUGAGGAAACAACUACUGAUUCAUCUGGAUUCUAUCGAUUGCGAGGACUUCACCCAGACACAACCUAUACCAUCAAGGUAGCUAAAAAGAAUCACUUGUCCGGGGCUGGAAUUGAGCGUGCAUCUCCAGAAUCUAUAGAUGUGAAGGUUGGUUCUGAGGACAUCAAGGGGUUGGACUUUGUUGUUUUCGAAGAGCCUGAGUUAAGUAUUUUGAGUUGCCAUGUUGAGGGUGAAAGAAACUCAGAAUUAGAUUCACAUCUUUGGGUGGAGGUCAAGUCAGCAAGUGAGCCAUCAAAAGUCAAGUCCUCCUUCCCCCUUCCUCUAUCACGCUUCUUCCAGGUUAAAGACUUACCCAAGGGUAAGCACCUGUUGCAGCUUCGAUCUGGUCUUCCAUUAAGCACCCACAAAUUUAUAUCAGAUGUUAUUGAAGUCGAUUUAGAGAAACAUAGACAAAUUCAUGUUGGCCCUCUCCGAUACAGAAUACAAGAGGAUAUCAGAACACAGGAAUUAACAGCAGCCCCAGUUUUCCCUCUGGUUGUUGGAGUUUCAGUUGUACUUCUUGUCAUGUGUAUGCCAAGAUUAAAGGAUUUAGUAUCAGGAAUGACCAUGCCGGGAUCCAAUUCGUUCUCAAAGAAAGAAACAAGGAAGCCAGUUGUGCGAAAGAAGACAUUCUGAAAAGUCCCUUUUCUCCUCGUCCUUGUAAAAGUGACUAACUGUAUACAGUUUACAAGAAUGAUAUCCUGAUUUGUUGAGGAUUGCAUUUGAUUGAGAAGGCGGGAUUUGCAGACAAGUUCUUCUGAAAAGAAUGAGCUCAUCACAGAAGCACUCAGGUACUCGGUUACAGCAGUUAGCUGAAGACCACAAGGGGCAAAAUUUUAAAGCUGGGACCUGCCAAAUUGCCAAAGCCAUGAAUUUUCUUUGGAUACAGUUACUUUCUGUUAGAUUCUGUAAACAUUUUUUUGUAACAUAACCUGUUACUGUCAGCAAUUUUGCCGACGUGGGACCGUAGAAGUUAGAUAACACCACGCCUAGGCCGUAGCCAACUAGCCAUAGUGUAUUUGAUGGUCGAUUCAAUCUAUUGCUUGUUUCAUGGUGCAA